CUUUCUCUCUAGAUCCACUGUGAAGAAGAUGCCCCAGCUAUUAAAAAACAUUGGUGGGAUCAUCGACUCUUUUAAGCGCUAUGCUAGGCUAGAGGGAGACUGCACCGUGCUCACCCGGGGAGAGCUGAAAAGGCUCCUGGAAACAGAGUUUUCUGAUGUCAUUGUGAGGCCCCACGACCCAGUCACGGUGAAUGAGAUCCUGCGCCUGCUGGAUGAGGACAAAUCAGGGACUGUGGACUUCAAGGAGUUCCUGGUCCUGACAUUUAAAGUUGCCCAGGCCUGCUAUGAGACGCUAAGCAAGAUCCCUGAGGGCACGUGUGGACUGCAGACAUCGCAAGAGCUAGGAGAUGGACAGAGGAGUGGGGCAGGUACAGGAAGGGCAGAAGAAGGGCAGUGGCAAGAGGGAAGCCUCCAUGGACAGGCUCCCAUGGGGCAGGGAAGGGCUGUGAUUGAGAACCAGGGUGGCAGUGCCACUCAGCUCAGUGGCUAUGAUGAGCUGCCUGAGUCUCAGAGACAGAAGGAGAUCCAGAAGACACAAGCCAGGGGGGAUGGGGAUCAGACCCACAGACCUGAAGGAGAGCAGAGUCAUCAGACUGGAGAGAACCCAUCAAAGAAACAGACACAGUCCAGUCAGCAAGACAGAGUCUGGGAAGGUGCCAGAGUGACAGCAAAGGGAACUCAGGCCCAGGAGGGUGUCACCCAGGCUGGGGAGCAGGACAGGAGCAGUCACACAGGAAGCACUGACACCCAGUCACAAGAGCCCAUGAAUGGCCAGACCACAGGGACUGUGGCCCAUGAUCAAGAAAAAAGCCAGACUAGCCAGGUGGUGGCAGGAGGACACAGUCAGACACAGAUAGGGUCGCACACUCGGGUCACAGAGCAGAACAGAAACCAGACAGGUAGCACUGGCAUGCAGUCACAGGAGUCUGUGAGUGGUCAGACCACAAGGACUGUGACCCAUGAUGGAGACAGGACACAGACUAGCCAGGUAGUGAUAGGAGAACAAGGUCAGACACAGGUAGAUGCCAACCAGACUGUGGAACAGGGUAGGAGUCAGUGGGCAGAAUACACAGGCACCCAGUCACAGGGGUCUAUGAGUGGCCAAACCAGUGGAAAUGUGACCCACAGUCAAGACAGGACCCAGACUAACAAGGUGGUGACAAGAGGACACAGUCAAACACAGACAGGGCCACACUCUCUGACACACACGCAGACUCCACAGCAGAACAGGAACCAGACAGGAAGCACAGGCACCCAGUCACAGGGGCCUAUGAGUGGCCAAACCAGUGGAAAUGUAACCCAAAGUCAAGACAGGACCCAGACUAGCCAGGUGGUGACAGGAGGGCACAAUCAGACACAGACAGGGUCACACACCCAGGCUGUUGAGCAGGGAUGGACCCAGACUACAGGGCAUGAAAGGACUGAACUGGAGGGUUGGACUCAGACACAGUCAAGAAGUGGCCCAAGAUGGGCACAUGUGAGCAACUUUGAGGCUGGGGAGACAGUGCCAAGAGUACAAACCCAGACUGGAGCUGGACCAGGGACAGGAAGACAGGCAGAGAGCAAGACCACCACAACUCAGCAGGAAUGGACAGAUGACCACUCCAGUGAGACUGUGUCCCAAAAGCAGGGCCAGGAGACAGUGCAGAAGGAGGGGAAACCAGGCAUGACAGCCAGUGGGCUCUAUUCCUACUUAAAGAGCACCAACCCCUGAGCAUCCUACCCUGGGCCACAGCGCUAGAACAGGAACAGCAGGAGGUGGCCAGCUCAUCCUGUUGGCAUGUCCCUGGAUACCAGCUCUUAAGCCUGGUGCCUCUCUCUUGGGUCUUUUAAGCCUCAGGUCUCACUCAUUUUGCCAUAUAACCCUGUCAGAAGUAGAAGACAUGGAAAAAAAUGAUUCUUUUAUGUUGAAUUCUCCUCUACGGGUAGGUGUUUCCAGGGCUUCUUGUUGCUUUGCCAACUGUCCACUGUUACAUCUAUUCUAAUGCAUCAAUUAAACCUUCCUAAGCAAUC